AGGCUUCGAGUAUGGCUUGCAAGCUCUGGAGUCACACCUGACUAUUGCAUAAGUAUUUUCUCCGAUGAAUCCCUGUUUAUUUGACCACCCACACCCGUGAAGAAUGAUGUUACAGCGAGAUAUUGAUUCGUUGAGGUAGAUUAGAAGGCUUCAGUUUGUUAUUCCCUCUCAAUGCCUGAUAUGCAGGUGUAGUUUCCUCACGACCAAGAGCAAAACACAAACUAGUCAUCUUCCCCCCAGCACCGCCACCACGACGAGCUUCGAGUACUUGAUCCAAUCUUCCGACUACAAAUAAUAGCCCAUCAUGGCGGACAGCAGUCCAUUGACGGACUACACGGCGAUCUUCGCCAAUUACACGUCGUUGCGGGGCCAACUGGUGUGCACGGCGGAUGCGGACUGCAGCUGCGGCGCGAAUGUGGAAGGCUACUGCGGGUUCAAAGCCUCGGAGGGCAGCAGCUUCCUCGACUACGUCAUGGUGGUGAUCCUCAUCUGUCUAUCCGGGCUGUUCUCCGGGCUAACUCUGGGGUUGCUCGGCCUCGACCUCGCGGGCUUGGAGAUCGUCAUCAACGGCGACGACGAGGAGCAGAAGAAGUACGCGCGACGCAUCUACCCGGUGCGGAAACACGGGAAUUUGCUGCUCUGCACGCUUCUCCUCGGGAACGUGAUGGUAAAUGCCGCGCUCGCGAUCUUUAUGGGCGACAUGGCCGGCGGGGUCAUGGGCUUCAUCGUCAGUUCGGGGGUUAUCGUCAUCUUCGGCGAGAUCGUGCCCCAGUCUGCCUGCUCCCGCUACGCGCUCCUCGUCGGCGCGCACACAAUCUGGGUCGUGUACGUCUUCGGGUUUUUGCUGUUCCCCCUGGCCUUUCCGAUCGCGAAGGCGCUGGACUACGUGCUGGGCGAGGAGCUGGGCACCAGCUACAGCCGCAAGGAACUCAUGUACUUGCUCAAGGUGCAGGCGCAGGCGGCGCACUUGUCCAGUCUGGAGGAACAGGUGUUGCAAGGCGCGCUUUCCUUUAAGGACAAAAAGGUAACCGACGUGAUGACGCCGUUUCCAGACGUGUUCAAGCUGCCGUUUAACACCAUUCUAGAUUACGACACCGUGGCUUUGAUCUGGAAGUCUGGCUUUUCCCGGGUGCCCAUCUACUCCCUGGAGGACGAACACAGCAUUGUCGCGAUUCUCCUCACACGAGAUUUGAUGCUUGUGGACCCGGAUGACGCCAUGCCCGUGAAGGAUUUCCUCCAGAUGUUUGCCCGGACGUACGUGACUUUCUACCCGCAGCACAGUUGCGGGUUCGCCAUCAAUGUGUUCAAAAAGGGCACCAUAUGACAUUGCACAACUCCCCCUUUCCCUCAUUUGUAUAGCAUGAACGGCAAUACAAGCAUCAGCAACAGUGCCGGUUUUGCAUGACAAAUAAUGUCUACUGGAUUGCACUGCUAUUUGGGCUACCAGAACUUGUCAUGCAUUCAGUGCCAAGGGACAAAGGAUGGGCUGGGUAUUUUGCAUGACAAAUGAAGGGGAGGGGCAGUUGUGCACUGUCAUACACCAUUGCGCACCUCGCGCUGGUCGUGGAGGAGGACACGCGAAAGUUACUCGGCUAUGGGGUUCUCAAAUCGGUUACCUUCUCAACUGUUACAUGAAUUUGUCAUGCAAAAACACUAUCAUCAUUCACACGAUCAAGUUCAAGCUGCUUCGCAUGACAAAUUUGCGAAGGGCUAGACACCACUUAAAUCGGUCCGGAACUUGUAAUGCUACAGGUGCAACCUCCCCCCUUUCACUUUUCCCAUUCUUGCAUGACAAGUUGAGAAUGUAACAUUUGAGAACGCCAUAUCGGCGUCUUCUCCAAAGAGGACAUCUUCGAGGAGAUUCUCGGCCAGGAGUUCGACGACGAGUCUGCGGCUUUGCCCCUAGAGGUGCUCGAAGCCAAGGAGGACGUCGCGAAAACGCUGCUGCACGGCGCGCUCAGCAUGGAAACCUCGAGCAGCGACGAGGAAGGGGGAACAACCGUUGGUGCUGCUGCGACUACUGGAGCUGCUGCUGGAACAAGCGUAGAUAACAAGGAAAACAACAGCACAUCAGCAGACGAUAUAAUUAACUCGGGAUCCAAGAGGAAUACCAAAUCUGCCAACAAUAAACGAAAGAACGCCUCACAGAUCGAGCUGCAGACAAUGUCGGAAAUGACCGGGCGACACCAUAAUUCCACGGUCAGCAGUGCUAGCGGCAGCGGCAUUGCGAUGAAGAGUCAAGCGUCGCAAGGGGAUGAACUACUGGAAGAGCGUGAGCAGCUGCUGGAACUCACGAAGAUGGUCCACGAGCCGGCCUCGAAGCUCCGCGGUGGCCAACACUUCUACAACGUGGACCCCAUGAGCAUGCGCGUCUUCAACAAGGCGCUGGCCGAGAGUCCGUUGACGCCCUUCGAGAUUGCGGUCUUGUGUGCGCACCUGCGGGAGAACUACCCCGGGCCGGAACUGUUCCACGAACUGGCCGUGAGUAAGACUUAUCCUGUGCAAAAGUUGUGUCGUACUCGUAUUGUAAUCAUGCAUCACAAAAAAUCUUUUCCCUAAGGUAAAUCAGCAUUACAAAUUUUAUUUUUCACGCUGAGGAAAUUUGUAAUGCAUUUAUACGAGUGCGAUACUUUUGCAGUUCAUAAGACUCGGAUGGAAGGUUCAGUUGGCCGGGAAGAACUGCUGUCCGACCACGACGCAGCAGGUUCUUAUGGAAGCGUCAGGAUUGAAAUCGUCAAAGUUGAAAUAAUUUGUGAUGCAUAAAAUGCAACCCACAAAGUGCCUGUCUUGCAGAGUAGGCAAGGGAGGCAGAUUGCAAGCCUGUUGAGGGAUAGAAAUAGAGCUGCUAAAGUAGCAUGACAAAAGGCGUCUUCCUUACCCAAACAGCAUCACAAACUGGAUUUAGGCAUCGCCAAAAUUUGUCAUGCGCCAAUUGAAAACUGGGCUCCAACUGGCAUCCAUUUUAUGCAUGACAAACUAUUUAUUCAACUCUGACGAUUUCAAACCUGACACAUCCAUAGUUCUUCUCGCGCGUCCUGGACCAGCAUGCUAAAAAGCCGCCUGCCGUGGCGGUUUCAGACCGGGCACAUGCGGCAGGUCGGGGAGGGGUGGAUCGGCGGCAAGGCGCUGCGCUGGCUGCUGGCGACGGGCGCGCAGGUCGAGGUGCGCGUGAAGAAGAACAGCCACUCGGCGUUGCCGGAACAGGAGGACUUUUUGCUGCAGGCCGGCAAACCCUGCGACGACAUGAUUAUCGUGCUCACCGGGGUCGUGCGCAUCGCGCACCACCACGUGUUUUCGCACGGCUCGGCGUUGCCUUUGUCGCAGUUCCAGCAGGACCUGGGCUCGAACGCGGUCCUGAACAUCGAGGCGCUGGUCCCGCGGGGGGACACCGGCGCGGAGGGGUACCAGAGGAUCACUCCGGCGUAUUCCGCGUGGAUUUCUUCGCACGAAGUCUGCAUCGUGAAGAUCUCCCGGGCGAACUACGAGGAGGCGAAGUCGCUGGAGAAGGCCAAGUGCCUGCCCGACCUGGACACCGCGCACUCCCAUAGCCUCGCGGUCACGGAAAAGGCCCGGAAGUUGCGGACCAUGAUGAUGCUCGCACGGAAGCAGGUCGAGAUGGAGCACGCGCGGGUGAAAGCGGUAGAACAACAUCACCAGGGGGAUCCGCAUCAAGGUGGCGCAGGUGUACUAGUUGGGAGCACCAGUGCAAUCAACGUCAAUCGAAGCCCCAGCACUUCUGGACGGGGCUCCACCUUUGUGCACCUGUCCCCAGUCGUGCAGUUUGGAGGUGCACCAGCUGUUCCACCUGGGGCAGGUUCGUCGGUGACCUCCAUCCAAUCGGCGUCGGGGGGUAAUAUGAUUUUUGGAACAAAUAAACCGCGAAAAAGCAUGUUUCACAACGAGGACCAGCCGGCGUUCAUUCAGUACCCCAAAAAGACCCGAAGUAACAAUAAAACCGUUGUAAUCAAAGACGUCGCGGUGAUGUCCUCUUCAGGGGAUGCGGCACCAGCAGGAGCUUUUUCUGGUCCUCUUGAUUUCUCUGGCACAUCAGCAUCAUCAACGGCCAACCCGACCGCCACGGCGCACAACCACCUGCGGGGCUCGAAGAUGCGCCAGAGCUUCGCGCGCCUGAAAACGCAGGUGAGCGGCAACCUGGAAACCGCCAACGACGGCACGUGGCAGAAAUCCAGCAGGCGUGUCACCAGUAAAGGAAACGCGUCACAAGACAACUUUAACAGUGUCUGAACGCGAUACAAUUGUGAUAUUAGAUUUCUCGUUGCCCCCGUCGUAUGUGAUUUUUUCUAUGCUAGCAAGAUGAAGAUACUGACGACGAUGAUCUUCCCCCGUAAAUUUUUCCACUCCCACCUCCAUCAAGUUUCGCAUGUAUGAAUGCAGUACAGUAUCUAUUAACCUCUUAUUCAUCUCUGCGUAUCGACCUCGACGAAGUACUAUGCUGUCGUACUAAUCACGUUCAAUAUCGAUACGAACACGACCCGACAGUGCUUGCGCAUGUCAGUUCCGACGUUGAAGGUCAGUCUUUCGAUCAUCAGUCCUCUUGCUUGUGGAAGUAGACAUACGAUGAGACUGAAACUAUCGGCCUGUCGGGCUUGCGUACUGGUCAAGAUGACGUUGUCGUUGCGAUGUGAACGUUAGUAUCUCAGUGAAGUGCUCAGACUAUCAUCAAAUGGAAAGAUGCGGG